AUGUCGAGUCAGGCGCUUUCAGAUGAUCAGGUAGCCACCGAGCUCAAGAAGAUGACCGCCUUCAUCAAGCAGGAAGCACUAGAAAAGGCCCGUGAGAUCCAAAUCAAAGCCGAUGAAGAAUUCGCUAUCGAGAAAUCCAAGCUCGUCCGCUCCGAAACCUCCUCCAUCGACGGUCAAUACGAGAAGAAGUUCAAACAGGCAUCCAUGUCCCAGCAGAUCACGCGAUCCACCAUGGCUAACAAGACGAGAUUGAGGGUCUUGAGUGCCAGACAGUCGGUGCUGGAUGAUUUGUUUGAGCAGACAAGGGGAAAAGUUGGGGACGUCAGCAAGCGAGGAGACUACGUAGAGAUCAUGAAGGGCCUGUUGCUGGAGGGGUUGUAUGCCCUGAAUGAACCAAAGGUGCAGAUUAGGGUGAGGAAGGCAGAUAUCGAUAUCGUUCAACAAGCCUUUGAAGGGGCGAAGAAGGAGUGCAAGGAGAAUCUGGGCAAAGAGGUGGAGGUGGAGAUUAUUGGAAAGGAUCCCCUUCCUGAAGACUCAGCCGGUGGAAUGUACAUCAUCGGAGGACAAGGCAAGAUCGAGAUCAACAACACCUUGGAGGAAAGAUUAAGGAUCUGUGAGACAGACUCCCUCCCCAGCGUGCGAGUUACUCUAUUUGGCAAAAAUGAAAACAGGAAGUUCACGGAUUAG